AUGAGUAGUAGUAAAACAAAGCAGAAAGGGGGUAGCAGGACAUACUGCUCAGCAGUUAAUUGCUCAAAUACCAAAGGAUCGCAUCCUGAACUAAGUUUUUUUCGCUUCCCGGCUGAUAGCAAAAGGUAGGUCCACGUUUUCCGUAAAGACAGAUGAAAAAAUUUGAAUGUUUUCCGUUGCUUUGUAUAUCGAUAUAUAAAUAUAUUAAUUAUUUAGAUCUAAGGAAUGGGUAAUACUUACCCGGCGUCAGGAUCUGCAAAACAAAACUGCGGACUAUUUGUAUAGAAAUUGCCGUCUAUGCGCCAUUCACUUCGAAGACUGCAUGUUUACAAGUCAUCUGAAAAACCGACUAAAUCCUCAAGCAAAGCCUACCCUUUUUGACAUUCCGAAUCCACCGCCAACAGUUGGUCAGAAACGACGAUUCGUAGAGAGGAUAUCUACAUCUGACGAAGAUAUUGUAAAAGGUAUUUUUGAGUUUCCAGUAACCGGCUUUACACGUGGAACUUUACUUUUACCCUUUGGUUUAUAAUGUAUAUUGGUGAAGAAUAAGAGUAAAAAAAUAUUUAGUUUUAAUCAGAAAUAACUAAUAGAAGUAUUCACUUUUCUGGCUAUUAAUUUUCGACUAUUUUUUACAUAAAAAAAUAUUGGUAUAGAAUAUAAUACUGUGCAACUACGAGCAGGGGCGAAACUAGCCCCUUUUAGUUAGGGGGGUGUCUGCUAGAAUUGCCCUGCGAAAGCCGAUGAUGCCCUGCAGCAAAACAUUUUUUUUGGGCCAAAUUCCUGUUAAAACAUGCAUGAAACCCUUAUUUUUUUACCAAUAUCUAAAAUUUAGGUCUAUAAAUUCUAUUCAAUUCCCUCUGGAAGCCCUGGAAGCUACUUAAUAACUCUACAUUCUAUCAUUUAAAAUUUUCAUUGCCCAGCCAAUCCAGAUGAUUUGCCCUGCUAAUCCAGAUGAUUUGUACUUUGGGGGGAAUGUCACCCCCCCCACACCCACACCCCCAAGUUUCGUCCCUGACUACGAGCUCGACAAUGAGUUUUUUUUCCAUAAAAGUAUCCACACCGUUUCUUUUCAGAAAAAAGACAAAAGCUGGUAGCAGACGUGGAAGGUAAAAAUGUUAAAAAACAGUUUACUAACAGAUUAUUGUAUUAUAAUUUAAAAGAUAUAAGUAGUUAUACAUGAUUUACAUAUUUUAAUUAAACAGAACAAUCUAGUGAUCAAGCUAGGAUGAUGGUUGACCAUAAUCCAGUCAUUGAGGAUAAUAUUACAGGACUGCAAGGUAGAGUAGAAAUAUAAUAUUUAACUUCUUGAAUACCCAUCUCUUCUACAGUACUCCUCAUUUUGUCCCCAGACUGGCAAUGUAUUGGGAAAUCCUAAAACAUAACCCAAAAAAUAUUAUGGUACAAUCUACAAAGAAACUAGUAUUAUAGUGAGAGACUGAGAGUGUAUAGAAAUGGUAAUCAUACUAUACCUUGGCACUGGCUUACUCUUGUUUUUCUUUACUGAUAUAUCCAGACCAUCAAGAGGAUUUACAAGAAGCAAAGACUGCAGAAUUUUGUGGUCAAACCAGCAGCACCCUUACAACCAACACACCUAGAAAAAAGAGGCAGAGAAAAGUCAUAGAGGCAAAAAAUAAAAAGAUUAGCAGAUUGAAUAAGAAGCUGAGCAAGGUCAUACGAAACAAGAAGACCCAAGAAAGUGCCCUGGAUGAUGCCCUCAAAAAGCUACCCCCACAUUUGGCUGGCUUUGUUAAAUUGCAAUUCGAUCUCCACACAGCAAAAAAGCAUGGCAGGCGUUACUCACCAGAGAUGAAAUCCUUGGCAAUUUCACUGUUUCAUGCUAGUGGAAAAGCAUAUCGUCUCUUGUCCAAACUUUUUAUCUUGCCAACACGAUCUUCCCUUCGGAACUACAUCGGUAAGAUGCCAACAGAGGCUGGUAUAUCACAGGCAACAAUCAACACCUUAAAGCAAAAGGUUUCUCAAAUGAGUGAUAUGGAGAAGUUGUGCUCACUGUGCAUGGAUGAAAUUUCAUUAAAAACCCACCUAUUCUACAGUAUCCCCAAAGACAAAAUUGUUGGUCUGGAGGAUUUUGGUGGUGGAUAUCGUACCAACAAGGUGGCAACCUCUGCACUGGUGUUGUUGGCACGGAGUAUUUCUGGGAAGUGGAAACAACCUAUAGGUUAUGUUUUUGUCAAUGGUGCAUGUCCCACUGAUAUCCUAGAAGAUGUAAUUAAGGAAGCCCUUGAUAAGCUGCAACAGAUUGGUUUGAAUGUCCUAGUGGUGAUGUCGGAUAUGGGUUCUAAUUUCCACAGCUUUGCUAAUCGAAUGGGUGUGACUCGAGACAAACCCUGGUUUACAUAUAACAACAAGACCUACUUCUUGAUGUUUGAUCCUCCUCAUCUGCUCAAAUGUGUCCGAAACAACCUCAUAAAGUACACCUUCAAGUUUGAUGGAUAUGUUGCUGUAUGGAAUGAUGUGCAAAAUUUCUACCAGAAGGACAUUUCCCUCACCAUUCGAGCUGCCCCAAAAUUAACCGAGAAGCACAUUCACCCAAAUAAUUUUGCAAAGAUGAGGGUAAAAUAUGCAACACAAGUCCUAAGCCACACAGUUGCAGCUGCCAUUUGCACCUAUGUUAGUGUCGGAGGUCUCCCUUCAUCUGCUAUGGGAACUGCAGAACUGCUUUCAAGAUUUGAUUCCAUUUUUGAUUGCUGUAACAGUUCCAGAUUACACACAACCAAGAAACUCCGGUGUGCAGUCAAUGAGAAAACAUCACACAUUGAGUAUCUAAAGGAAAGCAUCACAUUCAUCAAGAAUUUGAAAGUGUUUCAGGGUGACAAAGAUGUGACAGGUCGGAUUAAAUGUCUUCAUGGCUGGUUAGUUACUAUCAAUGCAUUAAUUCUAAUCUGGAGCAAGUUAAAGUCCAACCAUCAGUUCAAGUUCCUCUUUACUAGAAGGUUAAAUACUGACCCUUUGGAAAACUUUUUUGGCACUAUCAGGCAGCAAGGGGGUAAUAGUGAUAAUCCCACUCCAGUCCAGUUUACAAGGGCAUUCAGGAAACUCUUUUUUAGCUCCCUUCUCACUUCCUCAGCUGGAAACUGUGCAGCUGACUUCGACGUCAUGCUGGCUGAGUACACCAAUGCUUCGAAGAAAGCCAAAAAGAAAUCUAAGAACAAAACAACAGAGCCCAGUGAAACUCCACAGCCCCAAACCUUGGCAAUAGGUCCUACAGACUACAGGGAGCCAGAAGUUAGCACAAACAUUAUACAAGACAAUGCAAUUGCUUAUGUCGCUGGAUACCUUUUGAAGAAGAGUUUCAAAAUCCACAAGUGCCAAAAAUGUCAGGAUGCUCUUUUGUCCAACCAAUUGGAUGACAACCGAAAUCUUCUCUGUUUUUUCAAGUCAUUUGAAGAUAACAAAACUCCCUUUGGUGGAUUGAAUGCACCAUCACACUGUUACUUGGA